CCCUAGCUAAAAGUUUGUUUUGUAAUACUAAAAAUGCAAUAACUGUCCGUAAAUUAAUAACAAACACAAAAGAAAUGCUAUUGACGCUGCGUGUACAUGGCUCGAGGUUGCGUUUGAGCCUCUCACGCCAACAGCAGCUCAGGCUAGCCAGCAGUGUAGCCGAGAGUAAGAAAGUAACUACAGCUGGCGUUGGCCAAUUGGAAAUCAAUGGGGGCACGUACGCCACAGACAGCUGGACAAAUGUUACGCCCAAAAUAUUGUCUUAUCUAGGCCUUAAUAAGCACCUGCAGCGGGAUCAUCCAUUGUCAAUUAUAAGGCAGCGUAUUGUGAAUUACUUUUAUGGUGCCUAUAGGAAUCAGCGUGGAAAUCCGCUUUUCUCGGUAUAUGAGCAGCUGAAUCCAGUUGUCACAGUGCAACAAAACUUUGACAAUCUGCUGAUACCCCCGGAUCACGUGAGCAGACAAAAAUCGGACUGCUACUAUAUUAAUCAGCAGCAUUUGCUGCGUGCUCACACUACAGCGCAUCAAGUGGAGCUUAUCUCGGGUGGCUUGGACAAUUUUUUGGUAGUGGGUGAAGUGUAUCGGCGUGAUGAAAUCGAUAGCACACACUUUCCGGUGUUUCAUCAGGCGGACGCUGUGCGGCUGCUGACCAAAGAUAAGUUAUUUGAACGUAAUCCCGGGCUGGAGCUGUUCGAGGAGACUUGGUCGGGUGCUAUUGCAGAUCCCAAGCUGAUUUUGCCUUCGUCUAAGUGCAUGGAUCAGACAAAGCAGCCUUGCCAUACCUUGGAAGCUGUUAAACUAAUGGAGCACGAGAUGAAGCAUGUGCUCGUGGGCCUGACUAAGGAGUUAUUUGGACCGCGCAUCAAGUACCGUUGGGUAGACACCUACUUCCCCUUCACUCAGCCCUCUUGGGAGCUGGAAAUAUACUUCAAAGAUAAUUGGCUGGAGGUGCUGGGCUGUGGCAUCAUGCGCCACGAAAUUCUUCAGAAGGCCGGCGUGCAUCAGUCCAUUGGCUAUGCCUUUGGUGUUGGCCUGGAGCGUCUAGCUAUGAUCCUAUUCGAUAUACCUGACAUACGUUUGUUCUGGUCAAAUGACAGCGGCUUCUUGGCUCAGUUUAGCGAGCAAGAUCUACAGAAUCUACCCAAAUUUAAGCCCAUCUCCCACUAUCCGCAAUGCACAAACGACUUGUCCUUUUGGCUGCCGCCCGAUGUUGAGGUUGACGCUGGCUUCUCUCCCAACGAUUUCUAUGACUUGGUGCGUUCAGUGGCUGGUGAUGUUGUUGAACAGAUAAGCUUAGUGGAUAAAUUUAAGCACCCGAAAACUGGCAAAUCCAGCGUGUGCUUCCGUAUUGUCUAUCGCCAUAUGGAACGCACUUUAACACAGGCUGAGGUAAAUGAAAUGCAUAAGCAAAUUGGGGAUGCCAGUGUGGAGAGCUUUAAUGUGCAAAUUCGCUAGUCUUAGUUUAAUAAAACAGUUGUUAUAACCAAAU